GUUCGACUUUCCACAUCAACAUGGCGAUUGCGGAGGAGACGGUGGAAUUUGGCGAUGCGGGGACGUAUUCGUUCUUCCAAUACGGAAGCGCGGACUACAACCACAUGUGUCUGACCAGCAACUCUGCUAGCCAAGACUCAACUGGGUUGCGAGUCUACUCGGGCGCUCAAGUCAUGGCGCGGUUCCUUGCCUCCGCCGAUGGAUUGGCGCUGCUCCGUGGGAAACGCGUCAUUGAGCUGGGGUGCGGUACAGGAGUUAUUGGAUGCGUGGCUGGUGCUCGAGCAAUCUUGUCCGACUUGGUUCUGACUGACGGAGACGAGCGAGCAGUUGCAUUGGCGCAACGCAAUUUGGAGCAUGUCGUGCAUUCCAUCAAACCUGAAUUGUCCACGGCAUGCCGCCAGUUGUACUGGGGUGCCUCGUACCCGCCAUCUUUGGGCGCGUUUGAUGUCGUCUUGGGCUGUGAUUUGAUGUACUACCAAACAAACGUCGAGGACUUGAUGUGGACUGUCGAAUCGCUUGCACCGUCGGGCCUUUUCCUCCACGUCCACAUCUUCCGCAAGGACGAGCACGGGGACACCAUGCUCCAAGUUUUGGCAAAGUCGAACCGAACGACUCUUGUUGUCCCUAUCCCUCACUUUAUUUCCAUCCCGGAAGUGGCCAACUGGCCGUCGUGGCUCAACGUGUGCUGCUUAAUUUCGGGCCCAUCGGACCAGAUUCAAGUGCUCUUGGCGGCUCACCCCACUUGGUCGCUGUUCGUGUCGGUUGAAGCCACGCAAGACGAGAAUUUCAAGGCCACCGAAGUCGACGAAGACGCCUAACCCAUUCAAAUAGCACUGAAAUUCGAGAUGAGGGAUUGCAUUCGACGCUGCAAUCUUGGACAUAAGUUCGUAUUUGACUUAAUGCACAUGGAUGUAUAUAAAGGAGCUGUUUAGCCAACGUC